AUGAAGGAUUCAAGUUCGAGACCAAUCAACGUUGAUUCGACUUGUUUAAGCCACACUGGAAAAUUAUUGGAUGCUAAUUUGAUUGGAAAGUGGGUAGCGGUUGUGAUUUGGACGCCAUUUUUAGGGUUUGAAGGCUCACGAAGAGAUGGGCUGUCUUAUGAUUACUCAGGCUACACCCUGUGCAAGAAUGAACCCGAAGAUCCACUUUACAAUGGUGGAAUCAUCAUUAAUCAUAAUCAAUCACAACCCGAUAAGGUUUCUUCUACGUUGGUGUUGCCAAAUCUCUCAGGCAACACAAUCUACUCAUUCUCCAGUUGGGUAAAGAUAAGUGGCUCCAAUGGGACAGCAAUCAAGGCAAGCCUAACAUUAGACAACGAUACGCACAUGUGUAUUGGAAAUGUCGUAGCUAAAAGCGAAUGUUGGUCGUUUCUCAAGGGCGGAUUUGUACUCGAUUCACCCUCAGACCAUGCCGUCGUCUAUUUUCUGGAUUCAUAUGGGAAAAGGAUCAACGUAACGCUUACAAGUGCUUCUUUGCAACCUUUCACGCACCAACAAUGGCAAAACAAUCAAGAUAACUCAAUUGACAAAGAAAGAAAGCGUGCUGUCACGAUCCAUGUCUCGGAUGUAGAUGGGAAAAUAAUUCAAGGAGCUAGGAUCAUAGUCGAGCAAACUUCUAGGAAUUUCCCUUUCGGUUCAGCAAUAUCGAAGGCCAUUCUAGGAAACUUACCGUAUCAGAAAUGGUUCCUAGAAAGAUUCAAUGCAGCAGUGUUUGAAAACGAGCUAAAAUGGUGUGCAACUGAGCCUGAACAAGGGAGGGUCAACUACACCAUACCUGAUCUGAUGCUAGAUUUCGUUAGAGCUAACCAGAUUACGGUUAGAGGGCAUAACAUAUUCUGGGAGGAUCCGAUGUAUAUCCCCUCGUGGGUCCAGAACCUAACAGGUGGUGCACUAGAUUCAGCGGUCAAGUCUCGAAUACAAGGCUUAAUGACUCACUACAAGAACCAAUUCGUCCAUUGGGAUGUUUCUAACGAGAUGUUACACUAUGACUUCUAUGAGCAACGAUUAGGGCAGAAUGCGUCCAUGGAAAUGUUCGAGCUAGCCCAUACAACAGACCCGUUGGCCAUGUUGUUUAUGAAUGAUUUUAAUGUAGUGGAGACGUGUGAUGAUCUGAACUCAAGUGCCACUGCGUAUGCCGCUAGGAUGAAGGAGGUGGAGGAGGGUGGGGUUACGAUGGAUGGUGUUGGCUUAGAAGGCCAUUUUAUAACCCCAAACCCUCCAUUGAUUAGAGGUGUAUUAGACCAGCUUGCUGCAUUGCAACUUCCCAUUUGGCUUACAGAAGUUGAUAUCAGCAACACCCUAGAUCCAGAAACUCAGGGGAAGUACUUGGAGAUAGUGUUGAGAGAAGUAUACUCACAUCCAUCAGUGGAUGGGAUAAUGCUAUGGACAGCAAUGGAUCCAAUGGGUUGCUACCAAAUGUGUUUAACAGAUGCCAAUUUUCAAAAUCUACCAGCUGGGGAUGUUGUGGACAGAUUAAUCUUCAAAGAAUGGUCAACAGCGGUGGUCAAUGGUGAAAGUGAUGAAGAUGGGACUUUGAGCUUUGAUGGGUUCUUGGGUGAGUAUGUGGUUAAUGUUGACUUUGGAAACAAGACUUCAAACUCAACAUUCUUCAUUUCCAAAGGUGAUGAAACAAUCCAUUUUAGUAUUCAGUUGUAG